AUGAGCCAAGGCCCCCCGACAGGGGAGAGCAGCGAGCCCAAAGCAAAGGUCCUCCAAACUAAGUGGCUUUACCGGGCUGUGGUGGAGGCCGUGCAUCGACUUGACCUCAUCCUUUGCAACCAAACCGCUUAUCAAGAAGUGUUCAAACCAGAGAACAUUAGCCUGAGGAACAAGCUGCGUGAGCUCUGCGUCAAGCUUAUGUUCCUGCACCCGGUGGACUGUGGGAGGGAGGCUGAGGAGCUGCUGUGGAGAAAGGUAUACUACGAAGUUAUCCAGCUUAUCAAGACUAACAAAAAGCAUAUCCACAGCCGGAGCACCUUGGAAUGUGCUUACAGGACACACCUGGUUGCUGGUAUUGGCUUCUACCAGCAUCUCCUUCUUUAUAUCCAGUCCCACUACCAGCUAGAACGGCAGUGCGGCAUCGACUGGACCCAUGUCACUGACCCCCUCAUAGGAUGCAAGAAACCAGUGUCUGCCUCAGGGAAGGAGAUGGGCUGGGCAUAGAUGGCAUGCCACGGAUGUCUAGUGUACCUGGGGGAUUUGCCACCAUCUCAGAAUGAAUUAGCUGGCGUAGACACUGAGCUGCUAGCUGAGAGCUUUUACUACCAAGCCCUGUCAGUGGCUCCCCAGGUUGAGCCCUUCAACCAGCUGGGCACCCUUGCCGGCAGCAAGUACUAUAACAUGGAAGCCAUGUAUUGCUACCUGCGCUGCAUCUAGUCAGAAGUGCCCUUUGAGGGGGUCUAUGGGAACCUCAAGCAGCUGUAUGACAAGGCAGCCAAAAUGUACCACCAGCUGAAGAAGUGCGAGACUCGGAAGCUCUCUCCCAGCAAGAAGCGAUGUAAAGACAUUAAGAGGUUGCUGGUGAACUUUACGUAUCUGCAAAGCCUCCUGCAGCCCAAAAGCAGCUCUGUGACUGACUCAGAGCUGACAUCACUUUGCCAGUCAGUCCUGGAGGACUUCAACCUCUGUCUCUUCUACCUGACCUCCUCACCCAACCUCAGCCUGGCCGGUGAGGAUGAGGAGGAGGAUGAGAGUGGAUAUGCUUUCCUCCCGGACCUUCUCAUCUUUCAAAUGGUCAUCAUCUGCCUUAUGGGUGUGCACAGCUUGAAGAGAGCAGGAUCCAAGCAGUACAGUGCAGCCAUUGCCUUCACCCUGGCCCUCUUCUCCCACCUUGUCAAUCGUGUCAACGUAUGGCUGCAAGCUGAGCUGGAAGAGGGCGAGAAUCCCGUCCCCGCAUUCCAGAGUGAUGGCACAGAUGAACCAGAGUCCAAGGAACCCUUGGAGAAGGCGGAGGAGCCGGGUCCUGAGCCUCCUCUUGCAGCAUCUCAAGAUGGCGAGGUCAGAAAGAGCCGGAAGUUCUCCCGCCUCUCCUGCCUCCGCCACCGGCGCCACCCACCCAAAGCUGGUGAUGACAGUGACCUGAGUGAAGGCUUUGACUCAGACUCGAGCCAUGACUCAGCCCGGGCCAGUGAGGGCUCAGACAGUGGCUCCGACAAGAGCCUUGAAGGUGGGGGAACGGCCUCUGAUGCCGAGACAGAUUCAGAAAUGAACAGCCAAGAGUCCCGAACAGACCUGGAAGACAUGGAGGACGAGGAAGGGACACGGUCCCCAGCCCUGGAGCCACCUCGGGCCAGGUGAGAAGCUCCUGAAUCCCUCAACGGCCCACUGGGCCCCAGUGAGGCCAGCAUUGCCAGCAAUCUACAAGCCAUGUCCACCCAGAUGUUCCAGACUAAACGCUGCUUCCGACUGGCCCCCACCUUUAGCAACCUGCUCCUCCAGCCCACCACCGAAGCUCCCACCUUGGCCAGCUGCAGGCCCUGUGUCAAUGGGGAUGUGGACAAGCCCUCAGAGCCAGCCUCUGAAGAGGGCUCUGAGUCGGAGGGAAGUGAGUCUAGUGGGCGCUCCUGUCGGAAUGAGCGCAGCAUCCAGGAGAAGCUGCAAGUCCUUAUGGCCGAAGGCCUGCUUCCUGCUGUGAAAGUCUUUCUGGACUGGCUACGGACUAACCCCGACCUCAUCACUGUGUAUGCGCAGAGCUCUCAAAGUCUGUGGAACCGCCUGUCUGUGUUGCUUAAUCUGUUGCCAGCUGCUGGCGAACUCCAAGAGUCUGGCCUGGUCCUGUGUCCUGAGGUCCAGGAUCUUCUUGAAGGUUGUGAACUGCCUGACCUCCCGUCUAGCUUGCUGCUCCCAGAGGACAUGGCACUUCACAACCUGCCUCCCCUCCAGGCUGCCCACAGACGCUUUAACUUUGACACGGAUCGGCUCUUGCUCAGCACCUCAGAGGAGACGGUCGUGCGCAUCUGCUGCAUCCGCAGCUUUGGCCACUUCGUUGCCCGCCUGCAAGGCAGCAUCCUGCAGUUCAACCCAGAGGUCGGCAUCUUCGUCAGCAUCGCCCAGUCUGAGCAGGAGAGCCUGCUGCAGCAGGCCCAGGCCCAGUUCCGCACGACACAGGAGGAAGCUCGGCGGAACAGGCUAAUGAGAGACAUGGCCCAGCUACGACUUCAGCUCGAGGUUUCUCAGCUGGAAGGGAGCCUGCAGCAGCCCAAGGCCCAGUCAGCAAUGUCCCCCUACCUCGUCCCCGACACCCAAGCCCUUUGCCACCACCUCCCUGUCAUCCGCCAGCUGGCCACCAGUAGCCGCUUCAUUGUCAUCAUCCCAAGGACAGUGAUCGAUGGCCUGGAUUUGCUGAAGAAGGAACAGCCCGGGGCCCGGGAUGGGAUCCGAUACCUGGAGGCAGAGUUUAAAAAAGGGAACAGGUACAUUCGCUGCCAGAAAGAGGUGGGGAAGAGCUCUGAGCGGCAUAAGCUGAAGAGGCAGGAUACAGAUGCCUGGACGCUCUACAAGAUCCUGGACAGCUGCAAACAGCUGACUCGGGCCCAGGGGGCAGGUGAGGAGGACCCGAGCGGCAUGGUGACCAUCAUCACAGGCCUUCCACUGGACAACCCCAGCAUACUCUCAGGCCCUAUGCAGGCAGCCUUGCAGGCCGCUGCACAUGCCAGUGUGGACAUCAAGAAUGUUCUGGACUUCUACAAGCAGUGGAAGGAGAUUGGUUGAGACCGACCCCCAGGCCCUGCAGCGGGGCUGACUCCAGAUCUCUCCUGCCCUCCCUGGCAGCCAGGACCACCACCUGUAGUCACCCCACCAUAC